AUGGUACUAGUGAUAAAAGCGUCCUCAGAGCCACAGUCCUGGCAAGCGGCAAACAUCGCGAAGGAGCCUAAAUAUUCGCAAGAUUCCAAGCCAAAGGAGGUCCCUGUUACCCCCACUAUCACAACUUGCUGCACACAUGGUGCAUGGAAUCCCGAGUCGAGGAAUGGGGGCAUGGGAUGGGUGAUCUCAAACCCAGAGGGAGCUACGAUCCGAGAAAGCUCAUCGGCAAGACGAUUUGUGUCAUCAGCGCUGAGAGUAGAAGUCCUCGCAAUCUUAAGUGCCUUACGAGAAGCCAUCUCGUUAGAGAUCAAAGACAUGCACAUCCAAUCGGACUCGGAAGUCCUCAUCAACGUCAUCACCAAGGGAUCAGAACUAAUAGAGAUCGCAGGCAUUCUAGACGACAUAUGGAGCAUUGUUCCUCUCUUCACUUCUAUAUUUUUUAGUUUUAUCAAUCGGUCUGCAAAUAUUUUAGUAGAUGGACUGGCUAAAUCAGUCAUAUUCUCCUUAGGCCCAAUGGGUCAUGCAUAA